GUAACGAUUGGUAUGAGUAGUGUUACCAUAUAAUUUUUUUGAAAAUUUUUAUUAAAUUAUUAAAUUAAGAAAAAUUAAAAAGGUAUACAGCUUUUUCGCAAUUCUGUAACAAUCAAUUGGAAAACUGUCGUAAGCUGGCAGCGCUGUUGUCAUUUACUUUGGCCAUUAGCAGAGCAUUGUGGGAAAAGGAGAUCCGAUCCACAAUAUAAUUGUUUAGAAACAAAUCUUUGAUUCCCUGAGAAAAUAAUAGAAAAAGUAAUGAUCGGAAGUUUUUCAAAAGGUUUGGUGUUUUGUGCAGCGAAUUCGUGAUCGGUACAGAAACGUGUAAGUCGGUUUGUGCGUUCGUUAUUAGACGGUGCAAAUGUUUACUGGUACUCUUGGAGUAAAAAUAUGCGAGGCUUCGGGUCUGAGGCCGACCGAUUUUCAAAAACGUCACAACAUGACGUUUGGAAAGCCCGACGAGCAGCUUAUUGACCCCUAUGUCACCAUCGAUGUCGAUGAAACUCAUGUGGCCCAGUCCACUACAAAACAAAAAACAUUUGACCCCGUUUGGAACGAGUACUUUGAGCAAAAGGUAGAGAAUGCAAAAACCCUUACACUCACUGUAUUUCACGAUGCAGCCAUUCCUCCCGAUGAUUUCGUUGCAAACUGCAGUAUACCUUUCGAAGAUCUUCUUAAUAGAGAUAAAGACGCAGGAGACUUUUGGGUCAAUUUGGAGCCCAAAGGCCAAAUACAUGUUCGUAUUGACUUGAGAACAUCUUCAAGUGCUGAACAUGGGGCUAAACCUAGGGAAUUCAAAGAAAGACAAGGAUUCAAUCGGCGCCGGGGUGCAAUGCGAAGAAGGGUCCACCAGGUAAAUGGACACAAGUUUAUGGCCACUUUUCUACGACAGCCGACGUUUUGUUCGCACUGUAGGGAGUUUAUUUGGGGAUUAGGAAAGCAGGGCUAUCAGUGUCAAGUGUGCACCUGUGUGGUUCACAAGCGCUGCCACUUACUUGUAGUUACCAAGUGCCCAGGAAUGAAGGACGAGUCUAGUUCUCAAAGUGCUCGAUUCAACGUCAAUAUUCCUCACCGUUUCGUCGUUCACAAUUACAAAAGAUUCACGUUCUGUGACCACUGUGGCUCAUUGCUUUAUGGCCUGAUCAAACAAGGGCUCCAGUGCGAAGUGUGCAAUCUUAACGUACACAAACGUUGCCAAAAGAAUGUGGCAAACAACUGCGGCAUUAACACCAAGCAGAUGGCCGAAAUUCUCACUGCCUUAGGUGUCACUCCUGAUAAGCAAACUCCUAGAAGGAGUAAGUAUAUAGCGGGUCCAGGAGGUAAUGGAGCCCCUUCAGACGGUUCAAGCGAUGCUGCAACUGGAGAAGAUGAUUCGGAAACAUCCGAUGAAAAAUUGGGUAAAUUAAGCGAAGAGAAAAUGCAAAACAACACUUCGGCUGAGUCAGGAGAGGAAGAGGACAGUAUAAAAAUCGGCCUGGAUGAUUUUCACUUCAUUAAGGUAUUGGGUAAGGGUAGUUUUGGUAAAGUUAUGCUGGCUGAACGCAAGGGAUCUGACGAGGUGUACGCCGUCAAAGUUCUAAAGAAGGACGUCAUUAUACAGGACGACGACGUAGACUGUACAAUGACGGAGAAAAGGAUACUGGCACUGGCUGCCAAGCAUCCUUUCCUCACCGCCCUGCAUUCCUGUUUCCAGACGCGGGAACGUCUCUUUUUCGUUAUGGAAUACGUUAACGGUGGAGAUCUUAUGUUUCAAAUACAGAGGGCGCGAAAAUUCGAUGAACCGCGGGCUCGGUUCUAUGCAGCCGAAGUAACACUUGCCCUCCAAUUUCUUCACAAAAACGGCGUCGUUUAUCGUGAUUUAAAGUUGGACAACAUUCUUUUGGAUGCGGAGGGUCAUUGCAAGCUGGCAGAUUUCGGUAUGUGCAAGGAGGGUGUAUUGGACGGGGUCACGACCAGUACGUUCUGUGGCACGCCUGACUACAUUGCGCCCGAAAUCCUUCAGGAGCUCGAUUAUGGUGCCAGCGUUGACUGGUGGGCACUUGGCGUCCUCAUGUAUGAAAUGAUGGCCGGACAACCGCCCUUCGAGGCAGACAACGAAGACGACCUGUUCGAGUCAAUUCUACACGACGACGUCCUCUAUCCCGUUUGGUUAAGCAAGGACGCCGUGUCGAUUCUGAAGGGAUUUAUGACGAAAAAUCCAGCCAAGAGACUCGGAUGCGUCGCAGCGCAAAAUGGCGAGGCCGCCAUACGUGUACAUCCUUUCUUUAAAGACAUGGAUUGGCAGGCGCUCGAGCAGAGAAAAAUUAGAGCCCCCUUCAAACCCAAAAUUAAAAAUAAAAAGGACGCGUUGAACUUCGACGCCGAGUUCACCAAAGAGGAGCCAGUGUUGACGCCGGUAAACGUCGAGGUGGUCCGUUCCAUAAACCAGGAUGAGUUUAAGGGUUUCUCUUUCGUGAACCGCGAUUUUAAUCCGGCUCGAUUUGUGGCCGAUUAAAGAUAAGAACACAGAAAUAAUGGUGCUGCUUAUAAAUAUUAUAUACACAUACAUAAUAUAUAACCACACAACAAAAAAAAA